CAAGAGGGGUGAAGAUAGGGUAUGGGAGGAGAUAUAGAGGGGAUGGGGAGCGUGUGAUAUAGCUGUAUAAAAUACCGUGAGAGAGCCGCUAGGCGUCAGUCCACUUCAACCACCAACAUGAGGACCUCGCUGCUCGUCCUCGCCGGCCUCGCUGCGGUGCUGGCUCAGGAUCCUGCCCCGGUGAAGAUCGACCUGUACUAUGAGACGCUGUGCCCCUACAGCAUCGACUUUGUGACCACCCAGCUGUACCCGACAUGGACUAUCCUCAGUGAUAUUAUGGAGGUUGAACUCUUCCCCUUUGGUAACGCCAACUACGAACAGGAUGGUGACGGGUGGACCUUCACCUGUCAACACGGAGAUGGGGAGUGCCACGGGAAUAUGAUCCACGCAUGCGCAAAGGACCACUUCAAGGACAUCAACAUCGAGAUGGAGUUCGUCAAUUGCCUCCUGUCGGCAGACUACCCGCCCAACGCCGGAGCCACGUGCGCAGCGCAGGUCGGGCAGGACUGGGCGCCUCUGGACGAGUGCGUGAGCUCCCUGGAAGGCCAGAACUUGCUGCACGACGUCGCUCUCCAGCAGGAAAAGCUCGACCCCACCCUCUACUUCGUACCCUGGAUCAUCGUCAACGACGUGUUCAACGAGGAUACGGUGACAGAUUGCCAGGAAGACCUGAAAAAGGUUGUGUGUGAGACGUACACAGGCCCCACACCCGACGCCUGCGCCUCUCUCAAGCCCACAGAGCCUCGCUCAGCCCACGUCAACAAGGCCGCCGCCCCACGCUUUGCUGUCAGAGUUUCCAAGAGGCCUUAGGCUUCCCUCCCAUCCUGCGCUAUUCGACACUCUUUCCUGAAACGCUGUGCGUAUUAGUGACUUUAGGCAUAGUAUGUACUAGCUCUAUCUAGGAAUCAAACAUUAUGUUUGUAACUUUUUACAAGAAUAAACGUGAUGUACUAUUACCUGAGUAAACAUUAUUUAGCUAUCUAUCUAUCCUAGUCCCUAAAUGCCUUACAUUUCAGGCCUAAGACAGUCCCACCUACCUUGACCACCCUUGCUUGAGAAGAACCUCCAGUUCCUGCCUACCCUUCCCACCAUUAGUCUAGGUAUUGAAAGAUGAACGUUUCUGAAAAUAAGCAUGACCACCUCUCCUAAGGUGUUUCCCAAGAUAUAACAUAUACACUAUCUAGCUUGUCUUAUUAAUAACCAAUGCAAACGCUCCAUGCGGUGAGUUUGAUACCCGAUAGCUCAUGGCUAGGACACUAGCAGGUGUAUGGUGCCAAAAAGAAGUUCAUCAUAUUCUAAUUAAUCUAGUUAAACCCUCGGUAUUUACAUUGACAGGGAAGGGGGAGAGGGGCAUGAUAAACAUAGACUCGCCCUUAACCUCAGAGUAUUCCAAGUUGCAACUGUGCGCAAUACCAUGCUUAAAAGAACUGUAUGCAAAUAUAAUUUGUUGAAUAAAGUCAGUGAAACUGU